AUGAUAAUUUCGAAACAAAGACCUCCCACUAACACACCCAAACUAAUGCUCAACAACACCGAAAUCCCCUUUUAUAAAUCUCUCAAAUAUCUUGGCGUUAUCAUUGAUUCUAGACUAAACUUUGCUGAGCACAUUAACAAAAUAAUCUCCAAAGGAAGCCAAACAGCCGGCAUCCUUUACCCUCUCUUAAACCAGAAAAGUAAAGGAGGUAARAAUCGCAGGAGAGGAAMGAACGAGAACGAAAAGGAGAAGCGCGAGUUAAUUUUCAAAGAAUUUGGUCAAGAAUAUGCUCAAGUUACCAAAAUGCUGGGCAAUGGAAGGCUUGACGCCAUGUGCUUUGAUGGUGUUAAACGCUUGGGAAUUAUCCGAGCAAAGCUGCGAAAGAAGGUUUGGAUAAACCAAGGCGACAUUAUCCUGCUAGGUUUGCGAGAUUACCAAGAUGCCAAAGCAGACGUUAUUCUCAAAUAUACUCCUGAAGAAGCGCGAAAUUUGAAAUUAUACGGCGAAUUCCCAGAAUCCUUUAAAAUUAGUGAUGAUGUUACGUUCGUGGAGAACGAUCUGGAUGAAUAUAUUGAAUUUGGAGAAGAUGUGAGCACAGGAGAUGAUGUGGAUGUUAUUUGAUUAACAUGUAAAAAUGGCAAAUUAAAAAAUAUAUUCAUAUGUUUAGGUAGGCAAUUCAAUGUACAAUAUAUAAAUUAGUCCUAAUAUUAUGUGUCAAUUAUAUUAAACCUGGAUUUGACAACGUACAUUAAUUUUACAAAAUGACUAAUCGAGUAAUAUUUUCUUUUUAAAUACAAUUUAUUCAUUCAAUUAAUUUGUGGGACCUAAAAAUAAAUUUUCAUUUACCGCAUGUAAUUCCUGUCUAUACCCGCGCAUUGGCUGUAUUAAAAAUACUGCAAAUUAUUCGACAGGCUCAUUACUGUCAAUGUAACGAUUGAGAAUGUUAGGUAGGCUUAAAUAAAAUAUGUAAUGAAA